AAUGAACAUUUUGUGAAAAAAAGAAAACAAAAAACGCAUAAACUUGAAUACAAUAUUUUUUAUUUUAUUAUUUUUUAAUUUUUUUUUUCAAUGAAAAGAGUCGCAAGGGUAACCAUGUAAAUAGUAUUAAUUCCAAGUCACGAGAUUACUCUAUACAUACUAUCAUGACUUCACGAGUUUAUGUUAUUAUACUGGCCAAAUUAUACUUAACUAAAUUGACAUAUUUGACAAUUCUACUCCAUAUUAACUAAAUCAGUUGGCGAGGGAUUACAUCAAAUGAAUAAAGCUUAUCUUCCAAUUUCAGGAGAUCUUAGAUUGAUUAUUAUAUAUCAUCCUUGUGACUCUCUAAACGCUAACAAAACCAAGGAUAUUGGAUCGGAAAACCCAACAAUCUUUCUAGAAAACUAAAGUAGAAAAACCGAACCACCCUUCGGAAGACACGAACAUAAACACAAAACACUUACCGGAGCUAUCGGUGAUUUGGUGGUAAUGGAAGAAAUUCAAUCGUUGGGAGGAGGAAAUUCAUGGGGAAAUAUUAUUUCUGACAAAGUUUUCUCUCUCUUCAAUUCUCUUCCUAAAAAGGGCAAACCUCAAGGCCGUGAAGUCACUGUUUUGGCUGCUUUUCUUCUAUCGUCUCCUUCGCAAGAUUUGGAGGUGGUUGCUUUGGGUACUGGGACUAAAUGUUUGCCCAGAUCAAGUCGUAGUUCAAAUGGGGAUGUUGUGAAUGAUUCUCAUGCUGAGAUUAUUGCCAGAAGAGCUUUGUUAAGGUUCUUCUAUUCACAGAUUCAUUCUUAUUGCGAUUUAAGUGAGCGACCACAAGGUGUCGAUGGCAGAAAGUUGCCUCUUUAUUUGGAGAUUGAUGGGUCUGGUCAAGGGCGAUACAAAAUCAAAGAGGGUUGGAAUUUACAUAUGUAUAUUUCACAGCUUCCAUGUGGGGAUGCUUCACUUAGUUUGCCACAAUCGUUGAGAACUAUUUCCUUUGGAGAAGAGUUCCCAGCAUCAUCAACAAAUGUGUUUCAUCCUCCCGGAGAAAUAACUUCCGAAGCUUUAUUGAAGAAGAAUGGUGACUGUCCAACAAUAACUGGCUUAGUUCAAAGAAAGCCUGGCCGUGGUGUCACAACUUCGUCUGUUAGCUGUUCUGACAAAAUAGCACGCUGGAAUGUUGUUGGAAUACAAGGUGCAAUGCUUUCCUACCUGCUCCAACCUGUUUAUAUCUCUUCAGUCACCAUUGGGCAAUCAUGCAGUAGUUCUCAAACCCUUUCCCUGAAGGAAAGCUUGAGGAGGGCGUUGUAUGAUAGGCUAACACCUUUGUCUAAUAUGUUAGUUGAUCCUUUUCUAAUUAAUGAGCCUUUAUUUUUUGAAGCUCCUGUCCCACCUAAGGAAUUUCAGCAUCUUGGUUCUGCUCAGGCGACUUUAACAUGUGGGUACUCCAUAUGCUGGAAUAAGCAUGAAUUACAUGAGGUUAUCCUUGGGACAACUGGAAGAAAGCAAGGAACCUCUUCAAAGGGAGCAUUAUUUCCAUCCACGGAGUCAUCCUUGUGCAAGAGGAGAUUGUUGGAAUGUUUUUUGUCCUUUAGGUGCAAUCCUUCAGGUGAUUGGAAAAACAAAACGAUGUCAUAUAGAGAACUUAAGGAAAAUGCUCAUGAGUACAACCAAAUGUCUAAGAUAUUGAAGGGGAGCUCAACUUUCUGCAAUUGGCUCUUGAAACCUGUUGAUUCUGAUAUGUUCUCUAUUAGCCUGUAAAGAGGUUACAAGAUUCUGCCUUUGUUACUGUUUUGCAGCCGGGGAGAUAACGUGAAGCUCAAGAAAAUACUUGGAGCAACAUGUAGCAUCUCUCGAGCAUUCAAAGGUGUAAACAAUGUGACCUUAAUACGUUUCAACAUCAUAUACACAAGAAGGAUCAUCUUUGGAACAUGCAAUACGUUGGCCUAACAUACAAGAAAAAGGUGACUUGUGGCCCCACUUAGUCACGAAAUCAAUGUCUUUAAUACCAUUGUUUUGCUUCCUAAUUUCCAUUGUAGCUAGAUUUAUUAAUAUCUACAGUGUAUAUGAUACACUUUUAGGCAUAGGCAUCACAGACCCUCACUGCCAUGAAAAACGAGUUUAAGUUCUUUGGUCGGAAAACUUUGGGUUAUGGAAGUUAUCAUGCACUCGAUUGGCUAAACAUAGUCACAGGACCACGAUGUCAAGAGUCGAAGAAACGGGCUGUUGCUGUCAAUGUCUUAUUCUGUCUAUUUUUCUUCUUUACCCUCUUAUUUUGCUAUGAACUUUUUGUUGGUUGGAGUAAUUCUGUAAGUCAAAUUUUAAACUUUGUUUUUAAAUAGCGAAUUUUUUGUUGCUAUUACUCUUUAA